CUCAUUAAUAAAACCAGACAAACCGUACAGGCGAAACCGGUAACGAGCGAAGGCCCUAGAGCUCCAGAAUCCAGAUAGAUCGAUCGAGAGAGAGAACAAGAAAAUCAAGUUCCGUGAGCAGGAGGCAAACCUUCUCUUCUCUCGCUCUCUAUACGCUGCCUCAAAUCUCCAAAGCAUCGGGCGGAAGCAGAAGAAAGAAGAAAUUGAAGUUACGCAUAGACAGAGAGUGAGAGAGAGAGAGAGGGAGGUUGAGGGAGAGGGAGAGGGAGAGGGAGAGGGAGAGGAGAAAUGUCGAAGAAGAAAGUGAGUGGGAACACCAUGACUCUCAAGGAUUUCCAUGGCGGCUCAAUUCCCUCUGAUCUCCCUCUCCCUUCUGCACCUGGUGUAACUGUGAGGCCGUCGGAUCGCUCGGGUCAGGACCGCCCAAACUCAUGGGGAAACCCAAUUGGGAGGCCCGAAAACUGGUCUCGGCCACACACCUCGCCUGCGACACGGCAUUUCGAUGAUAAGACUCCUUUUCUCACUCAUAAUGCCCGCAUUGGCCGGAACUUUGAUGAGGAUGAGCGAAAACCCCUCGAUGGUGUUUCGGCCCCUCGUCGGACUAUCAGCGAUGAGAGCAUUCGGGUCCCUGGGGCCCGUGUUGAGCUGAAGCCCGAGUAUGAGUCGGGUGGGAGUUUAGUGGGUCAGCAGGGGUUAGCUGCAAGUGGGGCAGUAAAUGCCUAUGUGGCUAAGGUUAGCGAGGUGACUUGUGGUGGGGUUAAUUCCCAGAACUUAGGUGGGAAUGGUGGGCUGGGAGUUGGUGGAGGUUAUCCAAAUGCGUGGGCAGCAAGGAAGGAGGUGGUGGGGGUUAAUGAACCGGUGCAACAAUCUGCCUGGUCUGGAACAACUGCUGUCUUGAAGUUGGCUCGCGCCAGCGCACUUGAAAAGGUAUCUUCAGGUCGAUGGAAAUCAAAGCAUUCACUUAAUUUUCAGGCAGAUGUUGAAGAUGUGAUGUCACCCAAAAUGGAGAGUGUCUUUCAGUCCAAUAGUUACGGUAAUAAUAGCUACAAUAUGGUUGAUGUUACGGGUGGAAGAGAUUAUCAUGAUGCAACAUUGGUGAGGCAGGUUGAACGAGGCCUGAAUAUUGAGGAUGGGGUUCUUGUUGCUAGGAAGGAGUUUCCAGAAUACGAAAUUGCCAUGGCUCCUAUUUAUUCAGAUGUAAAAGAGUGGAACCCCACAAUUCAUAUGGAUAGGACUCCAGUUGCUCGAAAUGAUGGAAGACUUGGUGGAUCUGAGCUGCAGCCCCCAGUGCAUUUAGAACCACCAGAGCGACCCAAGUUGAAAUUGCUUCCCAGAACGAAGCCAUUAAAAAGUUCGGAACAACCUGCUAUUGACCAUGUACAGGGGUAUCGACGAGUGAGUGACACUGGUCAUGCUGAAGCUUUUGAAGUUUAUGGAAAUGUGAAUCCUGCAAAACUUAGCACGGCAAUCACCGAGAGUGUGCCGCAGGCUAUGGAGCGUCCCAAAUUGAAUAUAAAGUCUCGGUCACAGCAUCUCGAGCAAUUGGAAGGAAAUAUUGAAAAAGAUAGGAAUGCGUUGUUUGGUGGUGCUCGCCCACGAGAACUGGUUCUGAAGGAGCGAGGGAUUGGUGAUGUUACCAUCAACAGCCAUGAUUUGGUUCAACAAUUCGAUAGGGUUGAACAUAAUGUUCCCAGGAUUGAAAGAGAUAUGAAAGGAAAGGAUUGGAAAGCAAAUCCAAGUCCUGCUGACUACGGUGAAAAAACCGAGAAUCCUCUCCUUGGCCAAAGGAUUGGAAAGAGACAUGAGAGGAAAGAUCAUCGGCAAGAGAUUGAGAGAGUUGAUAUGCAGAGGAACUGGCGUAAUGAGAGCAGGAGAAAUAACAGAGAGACUGAAAGGAAGCAGCAGCAGGUUGAGAGGCCACCUUCACCAGAGACUUGGCGCAAGCCGGUUGAGCAGCCAAAACCAGACUCCCUGGACUCUGGUGGUCCACGCCAUGGGAAAGUGGCCUCAGCCGUUGAGCUUGCCCAAGCAUUCUCUAGGUCAGUCUCAGAUCCAAAAGCAGCUGAUCGCUUUUCAGGCCAAAGGAGCCUUCCUGGCCGGAACCAAAUGCCUUUCUCACGGCUGAUGGGUCCGACCCCAAGGCCUCAGAUUAAUGGAUACUAAAUGUUUGAGUGAUUUCGUGGGCAAUCGGGGCAUAUUUCUGGUCAGAAGAAUGUGUGGUGAUACAGCAUUGUGUAUGUGCUAGAUGUGAGAGUACUCGCCAAGUGAUUGUAUCUGCAGCCAGCUGACUUUUAAGUUUCUGCUGAAAAAUAAAUUGUCCUACAAAAUUGAUUACAAUAACCAGCCCGGCUGGUGUUAUCAUCUCUUUACAGACGUCCCCAUUCUAGUCCAUUCUAUUUUAAUUUUUGCCUUUUCCUUCUUUCACAGGAGGAAGCGUUCUGAUGUCACAUUUUCUCAGAGCUGAGUUUACAAUUUGCAAUCAUGGUAUAAUGUAUUGGCAGUUUUGUUACUUAUCUGAUAACUUCUUGAUAAGAGCUGAUUUUUCU